AUUUGUAUCAUUCGCCGUUGGAUUGUUAUUGUUUUGGUUGACUCGUUUUUGUGGAAUAGUGCCACCGGGGUUCUAGUUAAAAUGGCCUACAUCAAAGUCGUUGUGAUAGCAGUGGUUGUGAUGCUUGCUUUUGCUGCUGCCGCACCAGGCUACAGCCAUCAUCACGAACAUGUGAAAAUUAUCGUACCCCAUGAAGUUCACACCGUCCACCACCAUCACGUGAAGAAGAUACACGUACCGGUUCACAUUCCAGUAGUCAAGAAAGUUUACGUUCAUCACCACGACGAUCAUCAUCAUCAUGACGACUGGCACGGAGGCUGGUGGUAGAUUUCACAAUAAGCACAUUUCCAUAUAUGUACAAUACCAAUCACAAUGAUAAGUUCAAUAACAAAUACGGUUUGGAAAGUUCAAAAUCGUCGUCUUCUCGGACCGAAUUUUGUAGUUCCCCGUGUUUUUUAUAUCAUUAUAAUAAUAUUUUUAGUACCCAAUGUUGUUCAAUGACUGUUGAUUUGUUGAUGUGUUAUCUAUAAAUAAAUAUAUUUUUUAAA